AUGGGCAUGGGUAUGGAUGGUGCGGAUGAUGGUGGAAUGAGGAAGGAGGAGGGACGAUGGCAAAUGGUAAGGGUGGGUGGCGGUGCACUGAUUCAAAUGCUAAGAGCUAGGUGUCAUGUGGUUUAUACUUCCAAAGAUAGUAGUGGAACAGGAUGUGAUAGAGAACAUGUGCUCACCAUGGAAGGAUGCCCUAGUCAUCUCCUUGCUGGGAAACGGCUAGGAUACAAGCUAAUGAAAGCAAAGCUGGCAAGCCUCUGGAGAUUAAUUGGGGACUUUGAUCUCAUGGAUGUAGACAAUGGCUUCCACAUGGUCAAAUUUGACAGGAAUGAGGAUAAAGACAAGGUGAUGGGAGGUGGUCCAUGGAUGAUCUUCGACCAUUAUCUAGCAGUGGCGACUUGGAGCCCGGAGUUCAUAUCCCCAGCGGCGCGGGUCAAGAAAACUCUGGCAUGGAUUCGCAUUCCGGGGCUGAACGUUGUGUUCUAUGAUGAAAGCUAUCUCAUGUCAGCAGCACGAGCCAUUGGCAAACCAGUGGUGGGUAAGAUCUGCUUGGAGGACUACUGGUACAAGGUGGAGUAUGAAGGACUCCAUGUGAUUUGCACUAAGUGUGGGUGCUAUGGACAUAGGUUCAGGGAAUGUACGAAUCCAGUAACUCCAGAGCCAAGUACCAUGACUAAACCGGCAACCGGAGGCGUGGCGGCACCUGAGGAGGAGGUGGCGGUGGCCAACGACAAGGUGGGAGCCAUGGAAUGCCAAGACAUGGAGAUUCCUCCAUCCCAGACGGCAGUUACGGAAACGAGCGAGAUGGGAGGGAAGAGCAUUGAUGAGGCCAUUCAAGUGGAGAGACCAGCAAUAAUUGCAAAUGAUGAGGCAGGGGCAGAACCGCUAGGCCAAUGGAUGACCGUUGUCAAGAAGAAAAAAAAUAAAAAGAAACCGGUGGUGGCCAUGAAAAAACCAGCAGCUGAGGAGCAGAAAAUGAGGAAAACGCAUAACGGAAAGGAGAAGAAUGAUGGGGCAAUUAAGGUCAAAGAUUCCACAAGAAAGCAGCACAGAAUCUUAGGCAGUAAUCAUGGGGCAUUGAAACUCACUAAAAAGGUGCCAGCUCAUAAUGAAGAGAGAGGAGGGUCUGCUGUUGAAAACAAGGGAAAAUGGGUUUUCCAAUUUGGGAGCAGCAAUUUUAAAAUUGUCUCUUGGAAUAUUAGAGGUUCAGUGCAUGACCAUGGUAAGCUUGCACUUAAGGAUAUUAUCCGUUGUAAGAAACCGGAUGUGGUUAUCCUGUUGGAAACUAAGUGCCAAUUCAAAAGGGUGAGUAGAUUUUGGAACACUCUUGACUACACACCCAUUUUCAUUGAGGAGGCCCGAGGCUUUAGUGGUGGGAUUUGGGUACUCUCUCAUAGAGGGUCAAAUGUAUCCUUCCGUCUUGUGAAGGCUCAUCCGCAAGUGGUCACUUUUGAGGUGUGGAAGGCCAAUCUUUCUUGGGUCUGCAGUGCAAUGUAUGCUUCUCCGAUUCCGGCCCAGCGAGAUACCUUAUGGAACCGUCUUCUCCACUUAAGGAGUUCAAUCAUUCUACCUUGGCUCCUUGUGGGGGACUUCAACGAGAUUCUCCUCCCUUCUGAAGUUCGAGGUGGUGACUUCCUCGCUAAUAGAGCAGAUCUUUUUGCCUCAAUUCUGGACCAGUGUAACCUCAUUGACUCGGGCUCAGUGGGGCGCCAAUACACUUGGUUCAGGAAAGUAAACAACCGUCUGGUCUUGUCCAAGCGUUUGGAUAGAGCUUUUGUGACUUACACCCAAGACUGUCCCUUUCACUUCCUGGCCGCUUGGGCGGAGCACUCUCAGUUUGAGACCCUUGUGGAGAAUUCGUGGAGAACUGGUGAGGAGAACAUCAGCCUAAAAUUGAACCGGAUUAGGGAGGCCUCCCAAGUGUUCAACAAAGAGGUUUUUGGUAAUAUCUUCAGGAGGAAGAGACAUAUUGAAGGCCGCCUGAGAGGGGUCCAACGUGAACUUGAUUCCAUGGUCACCUCAAAUCUGGUUAUGUUUGAAGCGGAGUUGCAGUGGGAAUAUAGAAAUAUUCUCAAGCAAGAGGAACUCAUGUGGUACCAGAAAGCGAGAGACAAUAGGGUGAAAUUUGGAGAUAGGAACACUGCCUAUUUCCAUACUCAAACUGUCAUUAGACGGAAAAGGAACCAUAUCCAUCAGCUCAAAGUUGGGGAUGGAGGGUGGUGCUCAGAUGUCGAGGUCCUAAAGCAGGAGGUACAAGACUUCUUCACCAAGCUUUUUGCGGUUGACACAUCAUUCCAAGGUGCCCACCUUAGCCAUGAUCGCUUUCCCACCUUGACAGAUGAGGCUAAGGCCUCCCUUGUCCAACCAGUCACGCAGGAAGAGGUUAAAGAAGCUUUUAUGAGCAUGAAAUCCUACACAGCUCCAGGUCCAGAUGGCUUUCAACCUUUCUUUUACAAAAAAUAUUGGAACCAUGUUGGACAAUCCUUGUGGAAGCUGGUGAGAGAUGCUUUCCAGGAAGGCCAGGUCAAUGAGGAUUAG